GUUUCAACUUAUUUUAAUUUUCUAAUGUAUUGAAGUAUUAGAUCUGCACUGUAAAAGAAAAUGGGACCAAAAGAAAGACUUAGCCAAGAAGACAUAAAAAUUGUACGUCAGGCGAAUCUUCUCUUAGAACAACUGAAUGCAGGCAGCAGUCUGAGCUGUGUGGAGGACAUUAAUGCAGCUGUUUAUGUCACUUUGUUUGAAGGUCUCUGUGGGGAGAAGUUACAGGGUGUCAUACAGAAGCCAGUCAGUAGAGAAGAUGAGAUUCAAAAUGUACAGUUGGUAAUAGAUAUUUUAUCUCGAGAUAUUCUUCACACAUCACUUGCUCACAUCACGGGACGGGAUGCUAUUGAUGGAAAUCGAGAGUCCAUCCUUAACCUGCUCGAGAUAUUUGGGGGACUUCUAGAGUACAUUUUAAACAAAAUAGAAAGUGAUGUUUCAACAGAUGGGGAAGGUGAUCCAGAUGAACUGGAUGAAGAUCCGGAUGCUGUACAGCCAGAAGUGAUUGACAAAAUCUUAGAACGGGAGCUCCAGCGGAACUACAGUCUAGAGGGAAGUCCAGAACGACUCACCCCGAAAGGUAGUCCAGCCAGAAGAUCUCCUAUCAAAUCCCCAAAGUCUGAGCUAAGGAGGAAAGCUCUGUUAAGUCCCUCCAAACCUUCAAAAAUCAGUGGUCCUUCUCUAAAGAAAACUUUGAGUGAAACAGAGGACUUGAUCGCUGCAGUAAAUGACACUUCAACUGGGUGCAAAGAAACCACAGUCAGCACAGAUCAAAAUUCUACAAAUGAACUUAUUAAAGAGGGAGAGAAUCUAGAAAAAGAUCUACUGUCAGAUAGGUACCGACCAGGCAAAACAGCAGCACAAAUAAGAGAAGACCUAGCCAGACAUAGAAGAGAUCUUGGACUUCCAAAGGAUCCAUUUUCAGACCUUGUACCAGUGACUGAAAUAGAUGACAAAAAGCAGAGCAACAUGAAGACAAGCAACAGUAAAGAUACAGAGUCUUAUGAGAACUUACGUAACCUGGUGGAAGAAACUGCAGCCAUGGCAGAAGAAGCCCUUUAUUGUAGUCCAAAUCAGGCAAGAACUAUCUUACGAAGCAUGGAGAAUGAUUAUAACACAGGGAAGCUCACCAGAACAUAUCCCAGUCCAAAGAAAGACCAAUACGGAAGUCCACCCAGAAAAACAAAGAGUCCAACUCGGGUAUCAGAGGAUGAAUUCUUCUCUGAUUCAGAGCUGACACCGAGCCGUGCCAAGAGGAAGGUAUCUUUUAUGGUGGAGAGGUCCACAACCUCAGACUCAAGCCCCAGCUUCUUAAGGACUGCCCCCAGAUAUAAACCUAAAACUAAGUCAGCCUGGACCGAGAAAAAGGAGGGAUCAAAGAAACCCACUCGUCCUCGUCAGGACAAUACUCAAAGGAGGGGCAUUUCAGGGGACAGCAGUCUCUUUGACUUUGAGAAAAACCCUGCCAACUUUUCCUACGAUGACUACUUAAAGAAGCAGUUCCAUGAAAUAAUUGAUGAUGUUCUGAGUGAAGAUGAGGCCAUGCCAGCAAGAUUUAGGUCACGGAACGAUCAGCAAAAAAUUCAUUCAAGCAGACUUGGCAGUAAAUCAAAGGGGAAUUACUCCAUCUCCGAUACACAGCGACUGUUGAACAAGGAAAAAGAUGUCAACAAACGAAAAGUAGAUUUUCUACAAAGGAUAUACAGGGAAGAUUUAGAUGAACUUCAAAAUGAAGCAGAAUAUGGAUUAAGUAAAGACAGAAAGGAUGCUAAACAAGUGGAAGAUGUAUACAAGAAGAAAGUGUUGACAGGUCCCAAAGCAAGUGUUAAACCAAAGGAACCUGGAAUGAAGAAGAAAAUGCCUGUUCACAAGCCCAGUGUGUGUAGUAAAGCUAAACGAAAAUCUCCUAGUGGUACAACAGCUUUACCAAAACAGAAAAUGACCAUUAAAGAUGAUGAGGACAUAUUACCCCUGCUGCUGAAGGAAUUCCCCCAUCUCCACCUGUCCCUCCACACCUGGCAUGAACUCUGGAGAAAAGGCAUACACCAGAUAGAGCAGGUGACGCGGGCCAACCAGGAAGUCCGGCGCAAAAAAAGCAAAGCCAAGGCAGAGCUGGAAGAAGCAGAAAAACGACAUGAAAUCAUGGUGAAUAUAAUGAAGAAGGAAUUGGAGCAUGGUCAGCGUAUGAAAGAAAUUAAAGAAAGACAAAAGCAAACAGUGGCUGCCAAGAAUCUGAUUCAAGAGAAACGGGCUCAGUCAGCUCGAUCUCGUAAAUAUUACGAUGAUUACCAGGUCAGAAUGAGAUCCAAGAUGCUCAAAAGGCGAACUCGAGAAGAAAUGAUCUUCCGUAAACUUUUUAAAGAUGGAUUGGAUAUCCAAAAGGACCGAGUGCGAGAGUUGAAGAAAUAUGCCCAGGAACAGCGCGAUUCUCAGGCCAGUGCUCAAAGGAAUGAGAUUGAGUCCAUGGAGAAUUAUUAUCGUGAUCAGUUUGAAAUGCUGGCAGAAUCCAUAACUAAAGAAAGAAAAGAGAUUUUAAUUAGAGAGAAAGCACAACAGAAGGUACUUGAACAGAUGAAGAAGGAGUUGCGUAAGAAGAUGGAAUCUGAGAUCCAUUUAUUACAGGAUCAGUUUGUGAGAGAUGACGAUGACGCCUACUUCCGACAGCUUGACGCAGAUCGUGUCAUUCACAACUUACAGCUAGCCAAAUAUCACGUCAACGUGUAGUAUAGGAACCUGGUGUAAAACACUGACUGUGAUAUCUUUCUGGGAUCUUAAUUCAUUUUUGAAGAAACCCAAUUUCUAAUGUAUUUUUUAAAUAGAAAGUGAACUGUGAAUGAAAAAAAUGACUUUAAAGGUUUCUUUUCAUUCAAAAAGCACUAUACAUGUACAUGUAUAAUGUGAUGUUAGUCCAUGUAUAAAAAUCUGUAUUUUUUCCGUUUUAAAACCAAAAUAGAAAUACUGAGUAUUUCUGAACAGAUAUACAGGUACAUGUAUGUACACAAUCAUGUACAAGAUUGUUCACUUGUCCAUCAUGAUUACGGUACACAAACUAUUUUAUAGACUUGACUACAUGUGUAUGUACAUAUAAAUAUUAAUUUAGUUCUAUUUUGUAAAUUUAAAUUUUUAGCAUUCAUAUGCAUUUCCAAAUGCUAGUACCAUGAUGUAGAAGUGUUUUAAAUUAUUAAAUGAUGA